AUGUACAAAACUUACACAAUUUAUGCUGUUGGCACCUUAUUUUCACUAUUUUUAACUGUUCAAUCUGGCAGAGAAAUAAUUAACAACGCACCGCAACUAAAAGAAAGACCUGAAUGGUUAUUAACUUGUAAACGAGAAAAUCCAAAUGAAAAUUUUUGUUUUCAAAGAUUAUUUCAACAAUCAUUUCCAGCUUUAGCAAAAGGUAUACCAGAAAUUGGAAUAAAAAAUUUUGAACCCUUAUAUAUUGAUGGAGUUUCUGUUUCAAGAGGUAGUGGAAAUUUAGUUUUAACUGGUGGAUUUGAAAAUUUAAUUAUAAGGGGUCCUUCAAAUGCAACAGUAAAAAGAGCUUCAUUAAAUUUGGAAAAGAAACUUUUGAGUUUUGAUUUAGAAAUUCCUUUACUACGAAUAAGAUCGAAUUAUAAUUUAAAAGGUAAUAUUUUGUUACUGCCAUUAGUUGGAAGUGGAAAUGUAAAUUUAGCUUUAAAGGAUGUCAAAACAUCAGUUUACACAAAAAUCAGUCUUAAAAAUAAACCAGAGGAAGUUAUUCAUAUUGAAGAUAUGAAAGUAAACUUUUUAGUUGGGGAUAUGCGUAUACAUUUAACAAAUUUAUUUAAUGGCAAUGAAAUACUAGCAGCUUCAAUAAAUUCAUUUCUGAAUCAAAAUGCCCAUGAGGUUAUUGCUGAAUUACGAAAUGAUUUAGAAAGUGGCUUAGCAGAUAUUUUUAAAGCUUUAUGGAAUAAUGUAUUUUCAAAAAUGCCUUUAAAAUUAUGGUUACUGUGA